CUGCCUUAAUGUUGGUAAUGUUCAGAGGCGGAAUUCAAACACAGUCUAUCCUGACCUCUUGCUCAGCCAUCUUGCCACCACAUUGCCUGGAACUGCCCUGGAUCUAAGCCACUAUGAAUAAGUCAAUGUUUCCUAUAGUGCAUUCCCCUGGCUCUCAACUAACUCAACCAUGUCAAAGCUACCCAUCUUUAACCUGAAGUUGCUAUUCAACCAAUGCGGUCUGUAAACUUAUCUUUGUUAUGCUUAAUCCAGAAAACUGGCACUACUCUGUCUCUGGUUUACAUAAAAACAUUUCUUUUUCCUGGAAGUAUCUGGAGCUCUUUUUAUGAGUCUCCCAGUCAUCACCAUAUGCAUCAAAUCCAUAUGCAGGUUGGAGCUCCACUACGGAUCCUCUGGGCAUAGGUGCUCCCGUAGAAUGGGUAUUUAAGUGCCCAAGAUUGGUGCUGAUGUGUCCUUCCAGCCAGUUACUAAGCCUGUACCAGUUAUUCUUCAUGAAUGAUCUGAAGUAUUUUGGCAUCCUCAACUGCAUACCGACCUGAGAACACUGCGUUACCUACAUUGCUCCAUCAAACUCUCUGAAGACAGUCCAUUCUUGGGGCCAGCAUUCCAGUCCUGAUGGCCUUUGAGGAUCUGUUACCUGAAGUUGGAGAGAAGGGAACAUUCCAGAUCCUUCAGGUCUUUUCUUUUGCUAUCCCUAUGAUAUUUAUAGCUAGCCAUUUUCUACUGGAGAACUUCACUGCCUUUGUCCCUGAGCACAGGUGUUGGGUUCACUCCCUUGACAAUACCUCGGCUUUGCUCAAUGUCAGUGGGAACCUUAAUUUUAGUUCCCUACUAAAGCUUUCCAUCCCCCUGGAUUCCAAUGGGAAACUAGAGAAGUGUCGCUGAUUCUUCUGGCCACAGUGGCAGCCUUUGGGGCCAAAUGUCACGGCACAAAACCUGAGCCAGCUGGAGAUGGAGCCUUUUGUGGAUGGCUGGGUUUAUGACCAAAGUGUCUUCAGUUCUUCCAUUGUGACUGAGUGGGACCUGGUGUGUGACUCCUGGACGUUGAAGUCCGUGUCUCAGUCACUCUUUCUCACUGGGUUUCUGCUGGGAUAUCUCAUAUGGGGCUAUCUCUCAGACAGGUUUGGGCGAAAAAGGAUGCUGCUUCCAAGUUACCUCCUGACAGCUGUCUCCAGCACCAGCACUGCCUUGGUCCAGUCAUUCCCAGUUUACUGUUGUUUUCGCUUCCUGGUUGGGUCUGCAGUACCAGGAGCCAUACUUGGCAGCGGAUCACUCAUCCAGGAAUGGACCACCAGCCAGCACCGGCCCCUGGUCACAGUCAUUUUCUCCCUGUACUUCAGCCUGGGCCAUCCGCUCCUUGGGCUUGUGGCUUAUGGCAUCCAGGAACGGCGCAAACUCCAGGUGGUGACGUCUGCUCCCUUCUUCGCCCUCUUCCUGGCCGCUUGGUGGUUGCCAGAGUCUGCUGGAUGGCUAAUUGUCCAAAACAAAUAUGAUGAGGCCCUAAAGGUGCUCAGAAAAGUUGCAAAAAUCAAUGGAUUAAAGGAGACGACCCUGACUAUAGAGGCUUUGAGAUCAGCCGUGAAGACAGAGAUGGCUCCAGCAGAGACCCGUUACACCAUGUUGGAUUUGGUCCACUUUCCCAUCCUGCAUACAAGAAUCCUCUGUUUGUGCUUUGCAGGUCUCACAACAGGGAUGCUUUUCUAUGGGCUCUCUCUGGAUCUUCAGAACCUGGGGCACAAUAUUCAAGCACUCCAAGUUUUAUUGGGAGGUUCUGCCUUCCUAACCAGGUUUGGGGCCGUGUUCCUCAUGAACCGCUUUGGCCGUCGAACAAUAGCAGUGGCCUGCCUCUUUCUUACCGGAGUAUUCAUAUCUGGCAGUGCAUUUCUGCCUCAAGAAAUUUUGCGUGUGGUUUUGGCAAUGCUGGCAGUCAGUUGUGUUAUGGUCUCUGUUUCCUGUAACGGUGUCUAUUCCACUGAGCUCCUACCCACAGUAGUCAGGAACACGUGCAGGGGACUCAGUCUCACGGUAGAUCGGAUUGGGGCAGUUCUGGCCCCAUUGGUGAAUACACUCAAGCACUACAUUCCAGCGCUGCCACCCAUCAUCUUUACAGUCAUAGCCAUCACUGCCAGCCUUGUGCUUUUCUUCUUCCUCCCGGAAACCCAAAAUAAACCAAUGCCUGACACCAUCGAAGAUAUAGAAUAUGCACAUUCAAGAGAAGGAGAAAGACCUAGAGAUGAAGGUGAUGCUGCAGUGAAAAUAAGCCAAUUUUAACAUUGCUUCAGGAGUCUGACUGAGAAGAAAAGGACUCUAGUCUAACCUGGGGGUUCCCCUCCACCUGGUGGGGAGGCAGCGUGCCCAGCAUUUAGAGCACCAGUGGUCUUGCUUGGACUCCAGUCUUCCAGGAGGUUUCAGUUUGUGAAUCAAUCAACAAAUGUUAAUUAAACACUUACUAAGUGCCAGGCACUGGAGAUAGAAAGACAAAAACCCAGCAAGCUUUGCUCUCCAGGAGCUCACAUUCUGUCUGGGGAGACAACACAGACCCAGAUAAAUGAACACAAAAUGUAACUAAAAUAGAGUCUCAGAGAACACUUCCCAGAGAACCUGUACCCAUUUACUUUAAGCUGCCCUGACUCCAAAGCUUAGUUCUCGUGAUACCCCUCAUCACACCUCUGUUCCAGCCAAACUUGUCUUCUAGCAUCCCAGUCACAUGCCUUUGCACAGGCUGUGCCCCUAUGCCCAGGUUCUUUUACCAACUUGCCUUUCCCUCUGACAAUCCUUAGGUACCAGCUGCAAUGGAAAAACAUUCCUCAUUCUGCUAGUUAUUAGCGAUCCUUCCUUCCUCAAAUUGCCUUCUAUGUUCAUUCCUUUAUAUGCACUAUAGCUGCCAUUUGCCCUGUAGAAUGUAAACUCUUGGAAGGGAAGGACUGUUCUGUUUGUUUCCUCUCUGUGUCCUCAGCACCCACAAUGCUGCCCUGUCUUGUAGGACCUUAAUAAAUGUGGAUUGAAUUGAACUGGAUCAAAUUGAAUUAUUAAAAAUCAAAUGAGACUCUUACCUAUAACAGAAUUAUCUGGGAACAAGAAAGGAGAAAGCCAGGUGGCUCAUUCUCCAAUUGAUA